GGACAAGACACGCCAUUCAACACGGAUCCGUUUAUGUACCCAAGGUUAGACUAGGUUAGCCUACUGUACAAUUACUUAUUAGCUAUCUGUGAGCACGCCGAUUAGGUCGAUAGCUUCCAGUGGCACAACACCAACAAACGCUCCAAACCAUAGGGAGCUUUCGAUGAUCGCGAUUUAAGAAUUCAACCACAGGGACGAGCUCCCAACAUCGACAAUGCAUAUCUCCCCGCGAGCACUUACCAUCUUGUUAGCGCUGCCCGCCGCAGUGCGAGCCGUCUUCCAGGAUGAAGUCGACCACAUAGAUUACCACCACGAACUCCUCGGAGUACCACAACGAGAGACAACUUUCUUCCAUCGACCGCGGCCCGAGGAGAAGGCCAGUCUUCUCUACACACUCAGUGACCUGGGCGUCCUAGGAGCUGUCAAUCCCAGCAGCGGCACUGUCGUCUGGAGACAGCUGCUAGGUAAUAACCUGACAGACGGGCAUGGUCAUCUCAGAGCUGCAGAAGAUGCGAGUUGGGUCACCAGCGCCCUGGGAGGCUCCCUGCAGUCCUGGGACGCACUCACAGGCCGCAAUGUCUGGUCGCUGGACUUCCCGGGCAAGGUCAAGGACCUCGAGGUUUUGGAGCUCACCGAGAGCGGCCGAAAGGACGUUCUUGUGUUGCAUCAAGAGGAGGGCGCCACAGUAGCCAGAAGGAUCCAUGGAACUGACGGUCAUGUAGUGUGGGAGUUCAGAGCCCUUAUCAGCGAUAUUCCACUGCAGGUCAGCACAAACUCGGAGAAAAUCUUCGUUGUGAGCCUGCACGGAUACUUGUUAUCUUACACCCUGAAGGUCACGGUACUGGAUCCAUUAACUGGCAAGCGACUUGACGAGAUCAGCAUUGGUACCAAGGGAGAAGUUCAAAAUGAGGAAGACGUCAUGUUUGUUGGUGCCAACUCUGCUGCGCCCAUAGUCGCCUGGACCGACAACGCCUUGACCAAGUUCAAGGUCAAUGUUCUCGGCACCAAGAGCAAGGCUGAAUUCCCGCUUCCUGAUGAUACCACCUCGGUUGAGAUACACGCCCCCCACCACGUCCAGUCUCUCCCUCACUUCCUUGUCCAAAGUCGAACCAAGACAGCCAACAAGGCAGAUGUUUUCCACGUCGACCUCAAGAGCAAUGCUGUCACGAAAGCGUACGAUCUGCCACUGCUCGAUGGAGACAGCGCAUUCUCGACCAGCGCUUCUGGUUCAAACGUAUAUUUCACCCGUGUCACCCAUGAUGAAGUCAUUAUCACUUCUUCGAUUUCCCAUGGCAUCAUCGGACGCUGGCCCGUUAAGGGCGCGGAUGUUAAGACGGAUGCGCUGCAUGCCGUUUCGGAGGUCAUCAAAAAAUCAGAGAAUGAAUUUGCCGUCAGAUCGGCAGUUGUCUUGGAUUCCGAUGAUUGGCAAAUGAUUCGCAAUGGAGAGGUUGGUUGGCUACGCCCUGAAGGUCUUAGCGGUGCAGUUGCAGCGACAUGGGCCGAGAUCCCAGAAUCGGAAGACUUAGCCAAGACUCUGGAUGCCGAGGCUCACAGCAACCCCGUUCAAGCCUAUAUCCAUCGAGUGAAUCGCCACAUCAACGACUUGCAACACCUUCCUGCUUGGCUCCAGUCCAUCCCUAGUCGUUUAGCAAGCAGUGUUCUUGGGACAGAGGUUCAUCAUAGCAGCGGUACACCUCUUUCUCGUGAUAGCUUCGGCUUCAACAAACUGGUUGUUCUAGCGACUAAGAGAGGCAAGCUGUAUGGUCUUGAUGCUGGCAACCACGGCCGCAUUGUUUGGUCAAAGUCAUCGCGAGAAACUCCUUCGUCGAACCCUUGGGACGUCAGAGCCAUCCAUGCUGAUUCCUCGAAGGGGUUCGUGACUGUACGGGGUGCUACUGGCGAAUACAUCAUCGUGAAAGCCGAUACUGGCAAGACUGUCGAGACCAUGAACCCUGGCCUCUGGCCGCCGGUUGAAAAUGCUGUGCUUGUCGACAGUGCUGCUGGGCCAUGGCUACUGCCUAUUGGAGUAGACGGUAAGAUCGGUGAUCUCCCAAUUCAAUGGGCUCCGAAGCAAGUUGUUGUAACUCGCACUGCUAGCAACGAACUUCAAGGAAAGACGUUCGAACCCCAGGGUGAGCAAGCCAUUGAGGUGCCCGCUUGGGUUUUCUCUACAAAGCCAAACCAGAGGAUUGUCAACAUUGCAACGAGGUCUGUCCACGACCCCAUUGCCUCAAUCGGUCGUGUUCUUGGAGACCGGAGCGUGAAGUACAAGUAUAUAAAUCCCAACACGUUGGUUGUUGCGGCCGUUGACGAGGCUACUUCUUCCUUGACAGUAUAUCUGCUGGAUGCAGUCUCUGGCCAGAUUCUCACUUCUUCAACCCAUGAGGGUGUCGAUCCCAACCAGGAUGUCACGUGCGCAAUCGCUGAGAACUGGUUCGUAUGCUCAUUUUAUGGCGAGUAUGCGCUCCGGGAAUCAUCAAAGCAGACUUUGAAGGGUCAUCAACUUGUCGUCACGGAUCUUUACGAAUCGGAACUAAGCAACGACCGUGGUCCUCUAGAUGAAUCCGUCAACUAUUCGUCGCUCGAUCCUGUAGAUCUACCUAACGGACCAGCAGCUCCUUCUGCUGUGUCGAAGACGUUUGUUCUCUCUGGUCCUAUCAAGUCUCUUGCUGUGACGCAGACAAGACAAGGUAUCACCACGCGUCAGCUUCUGGCAUAUGCACCUGAUCUUCACUCGGUGAUUGGCAUUCCUCGUGUCGUUAUCGAACCGCGUCGCGUUGUGGGUCGCGAUCCUGUUGCAGCCGAACUCGAAGAGGGUCUGACCAGGUACCACCCGUCUAUUGAGCUAGAUUCGCGGUGGUUGAUCACACAUGAGCGUGAUAUUAUUGGCGUAAACAGUAUUAUCACGACACCAGCUAUAUUGGAAAGCACCAGCUUGGUCUUCGGCUAUGGUAUUGACGUCUUCGGCACAAGGGUGACUCCCAGCAUGGCAUUCGAUGUACUUGGAAAGGGCUUCAACAAGGUUACUUUGAUCGGAACUGUGCUAGCGUUAACUGCUGGAGUUUUGGCCUUGGGGCCUAUGGUUCGGAAGAAACAGAUUAACCUGCGUUGGCAAUCGACGAGCUAGGUGGCGAAUGAGUAAACAUCCCAGGCUCAUAGCAUAAACGUGCUAUACCGACCAACUCAGAUUAUCCGCGUCUUCGUGAGGAGGAUUAAUUUCCGGACAUUGAUGAUAUGAAGGCUUGAUUCGUGACUAUGCGUGGACGACCGUGAAUGAGUGUCACUGUGACCAUGACCGUCGCUCAAAUCGUUACGACUUGCCAACGUGUAGUUGGCGUUAUUACAAAGAACUUCUGGCCCACGCAGAGAGUUGGCUCCACACUCAGCCCGUCGUUGUAGUUUCUGUGUGCCCACAAGGAUAGACCUGUUGUCCUGGUUGCGCAGUACUGGGAACGCGCUUAUUGGCUCAAUACCAGAUCUCAUAUUAUUCCCAGCGUCCUUUACCACACUAAUGCCACAUACGAUGAGGCAGUCGGCAAUGUUUACACG